AUGUCUGAUUUAUGUCCAGUUUAUGCUCCAUUCUUUGGUUCUAUUGGUUGUGCUGCUGCCAUUAUUUUCACCUGUUUUGGUGCUUCUUAUGGUACUGCUAAAUCUGGUGUUGGUAUCUGUGCUACCUGUGUUUUAAGACCAGAUUUAUUAGUUAAAAACAUUGUUCCAGUUAUUAUGGCUGGUAUUAUUGCCAUUUAUGGUUUGGUCGUUUCUGUUUUAAUCUCUGAUUCAUUAGCUCAAAAACAAGCCUUAUAUACUGGGUUCAUCCAAUUAGGUGCCGGUUUGUCUGUCGGGUUAUCUGGUUUGGCUGCUGGUUUUGCCAUUGGUAUUGUUGGUGAUGCUGGUGUUAGAGGUACUGCUCAACAACCAAGAUUAUUCGUUGGUAUGAUUUUGAUUUUGAUUUUCGCUGAAGUUUUAGGUUUAUAUGGUUUGAUUGUUGCUUUAUUAUUAAACUCUAAAGCUAAACAAGAUGUCUCUUGUUAAGUUUCUUUUUGAUAAGUUUACCAAAAAGCUUCUGGAUUAGAAAAUUUACUUAUCUCAAAAUCUUUAACCUUCACUUCUAUUCUAUCUUUUUAUCAUCCCCUUUACUUUCAUUUUGUAUAAGAUGUCAAAUCUUAUUCUGAAGAUCUAAAAAUAUUUUACAAAUAUAUAAAUUAGGAUCAUUUUCCAACAAGGAUGAAUAGAUU